AUGCCCGCAAAUAAGAAGAAACAGGACAAGAAGGCGGACACACCGCCAUCCUCCGAUGACGAGCCAGAGGAGCAAAGCGAUUCUGGUAGCAGUGAGCCUGCGGCAGCGCCCAAGAAGAAGAACCUGUUUGCCAUGAUGAUGGACUCUGACGAAGAUGAGUCAGAAGAGGAGGAGUCAGAAGAGGAGGAGCCACCACCACCGCCCAAGAAGCCGGACAAGACGGACAAGGCGGCAAAGCCGGACAAAUCAGAUAAGCCCGACAAGCCCGACAAGGCUGAAAAGGCGGAAAAGGCUGACAAAGACUCGUCCCCAGAGAAGAAGAAAAAGAAGGAGGAGCCUGUGGAUAAUGAGCUGGCCAUGUUUGGCGAAAAAAAGAAAAAGAAGAAGAGCGCCGAGAAGGAGGAAAAAGAUGGCAAGGAAGAGAAAAAGGACAAGAAGGAAAAAAAAGAGAAGAAGGAAGGCAAGGAAAAGAAAAAGCGCAGCCCCACAGUUUGCGAAGUUGUAGAAGUUUCCCCAGUUCCGAAGAAAGACAAGCUAAAGCUAUGCAAAGUGGUUGUGGCACCGGGAAUAGAUCCGAUCGAAAUCGUCACCAGCGCCCCAAAUAUCAUUGCCAACAAGAAGUACAUCGCAGCACCGCCAGGUUACACAACCGCAAAUGGCACGAAGGUCGAGGUUUCAAAAGUUGGCGGUAUUGAAAGUGCUGGCAUGUUCUGUGGCCCGAAAGAAAUGGGCUGGGACACAGAUGUGCUGGACCCUAACCAAGCUGUCAUGCUGGCAGAUUCAGCAGAAGCUGGUCAGCCGGCACCUUCGUAUGAAGAAGCCGUGGAGGCCUUCAGGGAACGAGAGCGAGAAGAAAUUAAGAAGCGCGAGGAAGCAGAAAAGGCAGCAGCGGCCGCAAAAGCUGCUGCAGCAAAAGACGACAAAAAGGGCGGAAAGAAGGACAAGAAGAAGGCCCAGAAGGCAGCGGACGAUGAAGACUUUGAUGCCGCCUUGGACGAGUUCCAGGAAGAGAAGCCCGAACCCAAAGCAAAGGCAAAGUCCGCCGCAGACAAGAAAAAGGCCCAAAAGAAAGCAGCGGAUGAGGACUUUGAUGCCGCCUUGGACGAGAUCCAAGAAGGCAAGCCUGACGAAAGUGCAACAGGAUCAGCCCCAGAACCAAAAGCGAAGGCAGAGGCUAAAUCAGCUAGUCAGAAGAAAAAGGACAAGAAGAAGGGCCACAAGGGGGAUGCAGAUGACGAUUUAGAUGCCGCCCUUGAGGAGUCUCUGCCUGACAAGCCCGCAGAUGCCACGGCUGAGCAGGCUCCGAAAGAGACGCAGGAGGCUGCUGAACCAGCUCAGGGAGACAACAAGGAGGAGGAAGAGCUGGAUGCCAAGACUCUUGCAAACAGGAAGAAGAAGGAGAAGAAGGCCAAGGCGAAGGCAAAGCAGAAGACGGGAGGAGAAGGCAUGUGGGCAUCAGCAGAUGCUGAGGAAGAGACCAAGGAUGAGGAGCCAAAGAAGGAGGACAAAAAGGAGGAGGAAAAAAAGGAUAGCAAAAAGGAGAAGCCUGGCAAAGGCGGAGGCAAAAAGGAGAGCGCAGUUGUGCGGGCUGCUCGCGAGCGUUUGGAGAUGGAGCAGCGCCUUCAGGAGGAGAAACGCGCCUUUGAAGAAGCAGAGCGGAAACGGGUUGAGGAGGAGAAGCGGGCCAUUGAGGAGGAGGAGCGGCGGCAGGAAGAGGAGCGCCAGAAACGACGAGAUGCAAAGGCCGCGAAGAUUGCAAAGCAGAAAGCAGAGGGCACCUACCUCACCAAGGCUCAGAAGCUCAAGGCUCAACGUGCUGCACAGUUGCGUGAGCAGUUCGGGUUCACCAUGGACAAGGAUGAGGACGAGGAUGCUGAGAAGGGAGAGAAGGUAGAAAAGGAAGACAAGCAGAAGCGGCCCAUGGCUACCAAGCUUAAGAAGAAGAAGCUGGCCCCUGGGGAAGAGGGCUCACCGGAGAAGGUGAAGGAAGAGGAACCCGGAGACAAGGAGGAGAAGGAGGAAGUGAAGCCUGAGAAGAAGCCAGACAAGAAAGAAGAUGCGAAGCCGGUUGCGCAGGAAGAAGAAGAGGAGAGCGACGGCUGGGAGAAGCUUGAUGAAAAGGAGGAGGAAAAGGACGAGGCCGCCAAGGAAGAUGAGGAGGCUGAGGCAUCCGAGGAUGGGAGCGACGAUGAAAGCAGCAGUUCCAGCAGCUCAUCUUCUUCGUUCAUGGGCUACCGCUCCCCAGUCAUAUGCAUCAUGGGGCACGUGGACACAGGCAAGACGAAGCUGCUGGACAAGAUUCGCCGAACCAACGUGCAAGAAGGUGAAGCUGGCGGCAUCACGCAGCAGAUCGGCGCAACUUUCUUCCCUGAUAUUGCGCUGCAAGAGCAGACCAAGAAGGUGGAUGAGGACUUCGAAUUGGAGGUGCCGGGUCUACUGAUCAUUGACACACCUGGCCACGAGUCUUUCAACAACCUCCGCAUGCGUGGAUCCUCGUUGGCUGACCUGGCAAUCCUCGUCAUCGACAUUAUGCACGGGCUGGAGCCACAAACCGUUGAGUCGCUCGAGCUGUUGAAGAAGCGCCGCUGUCCGUUCAUCAUUGCUUUAAACAAGAUUGACAUCCUCUACCAGUGGAACGCAAAAACAUACACAAGUGUACAAGAGGCGUUGGAUAGACAAGAGCAAUCGGUGCGCAUGGAGUUUCAGACGCGCUACAACAACGUGAUGCUCCAGUUGAAUGAGCGGGGUCUGAACUGCAGCUUGUACUGGGAGAAUGAUGACCCACGAACGUCGGUGUCGAUCGUUCCAACCAGCGCUCUGACAGGGGAGGGUGUGCCGGACUUGUUGUACAUGAUCCUCAAGCUCACUCAGGACCUGAUGGGCUCCAAGCUGGAGUGCAGGGAGGAGCUCGAGUGCACUGUGAUUGAAGUCAAGAACAUCGAGGGCUUGGGAACCACUGUCGAUGUGGUGCUCCUCAAUGGCACCCUCCGUGAAGGGGACACAAUCGUCCUUGCUGGCUUGAGUGGGCCUAUCGUUACUACCAUCCGCGCGUUGCUGACGCCGCAGCCCAUGAAAGAGAUGAGAGUAAAGAAUGAAUACGUCAAGCAUGCCGAGAUCAGCACAUCUAUGGGCGUGAAGAUUUCAGCGCCAGGCCUUGAGGAGGCUGUGGCUGGCACGCAGCUGCUUAUUUGUGGCCCCGAUGAUGACCUCGAAGAGCUGAAGGAUGAAGCCAGCGAAGGUUUCGAGAGUAUCCUAAACGACUUCGCCAAGGAGCCAGCCGGAGUGUACGUCAAGGCUAGCACGUUGGGCUCGUUGGAGGCUUUGCUUUCCUUCCUCCAGGACAUGAAGAUUCCGGUGUUUGAUGUGGGAAUCGGAGAGGUUCACAAAAAGGAUGUCAAGAAGGCGAUGAUCAUGAAGGAGAAAAAGCAUCCCGAGUAUGCGCUCAUCCUAGCCUUCGAUGUCAAGGUCAAUUCUGAUGCCCAGAAACAAGCAGACACAGAUGGUGUCACCAUCUUUACCGCCGACAUCAUCUACCACCUUCAAGACAAGUUCACCAAGUAUAUGGAAAAAUUCCGCGAGAGCCAAAAGACAGAAACAAGGAAAGUCGCUGUCUUCCCAGUAGUGCUGCAGAUUGACAAGCAGCACAUUUUCCGCAAGCAGGACCCGAUCAUCGUGGGGUGUCAGGUUGUGGGCGGCCAGUUGAGAGCAGGCACGCCGCUCUGCGUGCCUGACAAGGACAAUUUGGCGAUUGGCCACGUGGCAGGCAUUGAGAUCAACAAGAAGUCAGUGCCUAUGGCUCGCCGGGGUGACACCGUUUGUGUCAAAAUUGAGCAGACAACAGCCCAGAACCACAUCAUGUACGGGCGUCAUUUCGAUCAUACCAGCCAGCUCUACUCCAAGAUUUCUCGCGAAAGCAUUGACACCUUGAAGGAGCACUUCAAGGACGAGAUGAAGAAGGAGGAUUGGGAGUUGGUUAUUGGCAUGAAGAAAGUGUUCCAAAUCCAGUGA